AGUAGGCUCUAUGGACUACGGUGGCCGUGGAAUUGAACUGACGAAGAGGAUAAGAGAUCAAACACAGAAAGAGAUCAAACACAGAAAGGGAGAGCUCUGAAAAAAUGAGCUGCUCAUUCAACCUCCAUUUUCCCAAAGCUCUGCCUCCUCUCUCGUCCUCCUCUCGAUGUGGGACUCCUGCUUCUUUCUUUGUUGCUUCCAAGUACAAACCAUCAUCUCAUAGCACCACUCCUGCCCAACCGACCAUUACAAGCAGUUCCCAAAAGCCAAAUGAGUCCAUCGGUCUACAGAAACCAAGUUUGGCACUACAAAUAGAAGCUCUCUUGGCCCUUGCUGAGCAACCGGCAUUCGCAGUCACUGGAGUGAAUAACGAGCCAGAACUCAGCUGGGUUUUGAUACAGCUGGGGAUUGUUCUUUUUGGGUACUUCAUAGUUAUGCCUCCAAUUAUAUUGAACUGGCUUAGGAUAAGAUGGUACAGAAGAAACCUUCUCGAGAUGUAUGUGCAAUUCAUGUUUGUCUUCAUUUUCUUCCCAGGGGUACUUCUGUGGGCACCAUUUCUGAACUUCAGGAAAUUCCCAAGGGACCCAUCCUUGAAGUAUCCUUGGUCGACGCCUGAGGAUCCUUCAAAGAUUAGAAAUGCAUAUCCAAAGUACCCGUUUGCCGAACCUGAUGAUUAUCAAUGAAACUGUAUUCACAAGACAAGAAAUCUGGCUGGAGAUUUUGGGAAAAGGGAUCAAUUGUAUUUUCAAAUUAUUGUGGGUAAGAGGGUGAUUCAGCCUUUGCCAACAAUACACUCGAGGUGAAGGCUUGUAAACGGAAACAAACACGCCUUUUCUUCUUGUGAUCAGAAAAUAUAUUGAUAGGAACACAGUCGCAAAAUUUACUACUAA